AGAAGAAACUAGCAAUAGUUCAACUGACAAUAAAAUAUAUUCUGGAUUACCUUCAGGUGGUGUCUGCAAGCAACCACCGACUUGUGUUAUGCCACCCUGACACAGCCCAUGAUGUGGGUGUAACGUGUCAACAGCCCGUUGUUGUAAGGCUGCUCAAUGUUGAGUAUGAAGAUAGUGAACUUCAUCCUCAGUAUGCAGCUCCCUGCUUUGUUGUUUGGUGCCUGAAGUCUCUACCCAAGAACAAUGCCUUCAUUUAUGAACAAGGUCUGUGGAAACAUCUUCUGCCAUCAACAGUCUCCAGAGCCACUGUACUUAGUUCUUUGAGUGAGGCUCGCAUUACCCUUCAGUCUAUAAAGAAUCUAAUUCCUGCAGAAAGCAUAACAUUGAUGCCUAACUACCAUUAUGAUAUUGGUCCUUCAAUUUUCAUGUGUGAGUGUCACAUCAAGCACACCAUGAAACCCAGAUCUUCUCCAUGGAUUGGCCAUCCAUUCCUAUUCACGAAAUCUUCCAAACUUCAAUUAAGAACACACAUUCAUUUCACCAUUACUGCAAUCUCUGCUGCUCCAAAUAAUUGUCAACAUUCAUAUUAUACUUUGAAAGAUAAUGGCAUUUACUCUCCUGUAAAAGAACAUGAAGAUAAAGUUGACAAAUUUGACUUUUUCAAUGCCGAUAGUUACUUUGAAGGGUUUAAAUCUGAGAGUGAAUAUCAAACAAGUCCUGCAAAUGACACCGACACUCAACCAUCAUCUUGUGUUAGCAGGACUAAUGCACAAGAUGUAACUGGUGAAAGUGCUUUGCUUUCUCCUGAGAUUAAAACUUGUACCUCCAUUGCUGAUGUGUCCCAUGAUUUGAUGGUGCCUUAUACUCCUAACAUAUUUGAUUCACGAGAGAAACUUGAACCAAUUGGAUCACCCAAAUGCCUGUUUAAAAAAGAUUCUCCUGAAAGUACGCAGUCAACUUCUGAAGUUUUUGUGCACAGCAUUUCACAGUCUUUUAGUAUGCAAGAGUCUCCAGCCCCUGCAAAAAUACUUGAAAGUGAAGAUUUAACUUAUUUCUACUUAACUGAAGGAACAAAACUUAAUUUUGAAUAUCUUAAUCCCCUGGAUUGUGUGAAGAAAGUUGAAAAAUGUGAAGAUGAGCUGCUCUACUACUACCCAACUCCUCCAUAUAGGCUUCUUCUAGAAAAGGUCUCAGCUUGCCUUUAUUUGCUAGGGAGAUUUGGAAGAGAUCCUUGUCUCACAGCCAAGUGUGGUGUGGUGCUGCACGGUACAUAUAUUAAAGAGCAUGCAUUGAUGGCUGAACAUGUCGCUCAUGAGCUGCAGUUAACCUUUAUUAAAGCCUGGUGCAACUUCACCAAUAGCACAGAAGUCAAUAAAUUGUAUGAAGAGGCAAGAAAAAAAAGUCCUUCACUAGUGCUGGUCCAAGUUGCUGAUUUGCAGCUAAGAGACAUGGUAGAUGGUAAACCCAACACUGCUGUCCCAAACCUGCUCAAUGCCCUUCAAACUCUGAAGGAUUCGGGAUGUGCAGUAGUGACUGUCUGCACUUGCAAUAAAAUUGAAAGAUUAAGCAGCAAAGUGCUCAAGUAUCUUGGAUACACUGUCUUCAAUAGCCUGCCUGACGCUCAGCUCCGUGAAGCCAUCAUACGCGACUGUCUCAUUAAGGAGCAUGGCUAUCAUCUUGGCUCCAAGGUUGACGUUAUUGAGGAUCCCUGCAACAAUUCUUCGUCACAAGCGGGCGAAGCUGAUAUUGAACAACAACUAAUUAAAAUAUUAACCAGAAUCGGCAGGGUUCCAUUGAGAAAAACAUCACAAAGUUCAAAUGAAUCAAAUGGCAUGGAAAACGUAACUUCGGCCGAGAAGGAAGCACAAGGGGCUUCCACGUCUAGGAAAACUUUCACAGCUGAGGAAGUGGCUGCAUUGGCAACAGCCACGGAUUAUUGCAACGCUCUGGAGGUGCUGGAGGUGAUCCACCAGCAACUGAUGGAUGAUGGACGCAUCAGCGGGCGUCUGCCACAGAACUUCGUGCCGCACAACAUCCGCAUCAACGGUCGCGGUUUCGUACCGCCCACGCGCUGGUCUGACAUCUCGGGUUACGAUACAUUGAAACAACUCUUCCAGCAAAUGGUCCGCGACUACCGAGAAGACCCUGAACUGAACCCUCUGCAGGGGCUAAUACUUUAUGGCCCGCCGGGCUGUAGUAAGACCCUAUUUGUGAGGGCCCUUGUAACCGAAACCUGCUUCACGCACUUCCAAAUUUACGGCUCGGUUAUCUUAUCGAAGUACGUGGGCGAGACGGAGCAGAAUUUGCGCAGCAUUGUGAUGCGCGCCAAGGCGUCGGCGCCUUCAAUCGUCUUCAUAGACGAGCUCGAGAGCCUGUGUGGCGACCGCGGCCGAGCUGAAGGUGGCGCUCACGUGGCGCUACUACUCGACCUCAUGCGCAGCUGCGCUCCCACCCCUGACGACCCCCGCACCAGCGUGCUCUUCGUCGGCGCCACCAACAUGCCCAGUCUUAUUGAUGAGGGGCUGCUGCAAGCGGGGUACCUGACGCGGGUGGUGGAGGUGGGGCUGCCGAGCUGUGCUUCGCGCUGUGCUCUGUGGCAGAGAAUACUGAAGGGGAAGCCCUGCGACCCUUGCAUCAACGUAGCUCGUCUCUGUCAGCUGACUCGAGGCUUCUCUGGCGCUGAGGUGUUCGGCGUGUAUCAGACAGCGGCGACCGACCUGUGGCGCAGAAGCAAGGCAUCGGGGGAACGCCCUCGGGUGACGCAGCGGCUGCUGGAGGAGUUCAUAGGACGCUCCUCCCCCAGCACCUCCACCUCUUGCCUGGCAUCCAUAGCUGCCUUUACUGCAUCCAGACCUGGCGCCUUUAUUGCGAACUGAUGCCCUUUUGUCAUGAUAGUGAAAUGAACAUCAUAAUUGGAUGAACCAAGUAUUGCGUGAUUGCAAUACUUUUACGACUAUUUUUUUUCUAUCAAAAUAAUUAACAUAUUAAUUAAAAUAAUUUCCCGUUCCACCAAUACGAAUCCAUCAGUCUACACAGUGAAUCCAUGCAUCAUUUCCCUGGUACGCCUCAUCCACCGACUUUAAUUUCAUGUUACAUUAAUUUCAUGUGACUGUGAUAUUGCUGCCCAUGUGUUUGUUGAGGUGCAGCUCCUGUUGCUUUGUUGUGUUGUUCUUUCUUCCUGUAAAAGUUGUUCUUUUC